AUGGGUGUGGAUCGGGACAGUAAAGAUUUCAAAAUAUCGCAAUCCGUUCAGCCCCUAAUGAGAAAUAAUCUCACCUUUCAUUAUGGCAAUUUCGAGGCAAAUUCAGAUGAUCGCAGUACCAUGAGUACCACCAACCAAUCACAUGAAUCCAACCAAAUGAAUAGACCCAAUUUGUCAAACGGAUCCAAUUUAUCAAGUGGAGGUUGUGAAAUGAUCAGAUCUACCGAAUCUAAUGAGCCAAAUCCCAUCAAUAGCUCAGGUCCCCCUAAAUAUGACCCACCAGGGCCUAAAAAACAGGAUAAUACCCCUAAUUCUCCAACAGAAAGGUUAAAUAACACAUCUAAUUGUUCUUUGGGAAAGGUGAAUAAUAUGCCUAAUUCAGUUUUGGAAAGUAAUGCAAAUCACAGUCCUGAUGCAUCAGUUAAUGGCACAUAUAAGCGUAAACUGCGUAUGAGUGAUUUUGAAAUGUGGCGUUACUCGUACCACCUGGUUAAAAAUGGCCACAGCAUUUUGGCACCUGAACCGUCUCAACGAAGCAGAAGUUAUCGAGACUUGAUUUUGCAGGAAAUGAACUGGAUGGCAGUUGAUUAUUACCAAGAACGACGUUGGAAAUCACACAUCGCGAAAGAGCUCUCAAACUCUAUUACCACCAGCAUUAUUGACCGUAAAAGACUUAAAAGAGAUUGGCCUGCUAAAAUUUGCUCAUACAAUAUUGAACAGUUUUGGAUUAACAUUAAACUCAUUACUACAGGUACCAUUAAUUCCAUUAACCACCACAAGUCCGUUAAAAUUAAUGGAGUCAAUGGAAACUCUGAGAGCUCAGUUGGAAAUGGCAACAAUAGGGAAAUAGGAAUAGUAUUAUCGAGUGGCUUGAUGGAUUAUUGUAGUAGAGUAGUGUUAGGAAAGAGCGUAGACUUUCGUAACGAGGACAUAGUUGAAGAUGUUCCGAAAAGACGGACAGAGUUACUAGCACUAACAGUUCCUGUGUACAAAAAUGUAAACACAAAUUCAGUCAACAUUGCUAAGAAAGAAGUUGUUGAUGCAACUGUGAAUCAAAUGUUAGUUUUAGGUGCAGAACUAUACCCGCAGUUACAUAGACCACCAGAUGACGAAAUUGAUGUGUUUACACUUCCAGCACUAAACCCGAAGCACGAAUAUGACUAUAACACUCUACUGCUACUAUUACACUCCUUAAACUCGACAAUGUAUGCCAGUGUCAGAGAUAGCGCAAUGGGACUACCUAAACCAGCAACUACCACUAGUACUACCCCAACAGGUUUGAGUAGUUUAUUACCGAUAAGGCGAAUUCCGAGGGAUGAAAUAGACCCUUUGUCGCUCAGCGUAAAUUACAGAGAUUUCAUAGAUAACGCACCAGUACAGACACCACACCCUCAGAAACUUGUACUAAAGUGGGAAGAACCAACACUUAACGAGUCUGACUUUGAGCUUCUUGAUUCUUGGCUUCUUGAGUCUCGUUGUUGGCCUCUAAUUUCAAUAGCAUUAAAUUUGAGAUCCAGUUCUGGAGGACUUUUGAGACGAGAAUUUAGUCCAAAAGCAUGUAAAGAGGCUUUUUAUAGAAUGUCAAAACCCCCAAGAGGGCUUGUAAACUCGUCCAAAAAAUUACUCUCGCCCAAACAAUCUAAAACUAUACUCAGUUUCAUUAACCCGCCACCUAAAACAUUUAAAUUCAUACCUAUAAUAUCCUCAGACCGUAUGUCGUCCACUAGAAGUGGAUCACCAAUAAGUGAACCCAAUACAUGGGUUGAAAGUGGAAUAAAGAAUAUAUUUGGAGAAGUUUGCAGUUAUAUAAGGGAUAAGAGUUCUCUGUAUACUUAUUCAACCUCAUUAACGAGUAAGAAAGAGUCAUUUUUCUCAAGAUUCAAAUCACCAGAAGCAAAACCUGAUAAGAAACUACUCUUAAAACUUGUUAAUAAGGUUGACGCUAGUGCACAUAAAAAUGAGCUUUUGAUGGUUCCACAUAACGUCAAAGUUGAAGCUUCUUUAUCACUUAACCCUAAUAACCAUAUUUUCCCCCAAGAAUUGCUCAACUUUAUGCUAUCAAAUGUACAAUCGCAACGUGCUAAUAAUGUGGAACAAAGUAAUGAUGUCACGAGUAAGACGAGAUAUUUGUUGUCCGGAAAUGAGAAAUAUGGAGCGAGUCAUAGGUUUAGUUCACUAAAUUCAGCUGUAACACUGGCAACUAGCGUGAGUAGUUAUGAUAACGUGGUUCGCAAUUUCGCAUAUUCAGAGCUUUCAACGAGGAUUAACAAGCAACUCAGGAUCGGAUUUCUGGGGAUCCCAACCAAGAUGUUUCUAUAUUCUCUAUUCUACUGUGGUAGAAUUAAACCUGACUACAGGGUUCGAAGAGUUGCUCUGUCGAUUGCAACUCUGGGCAAGUUCAUCCCUCCACCUCACUUAUUAUAUGGGAAAAUGUUCGACCCUGACAUUAACCUGAUACUUACAAAGUCAAGACCCACUAGCUAUGAAAAGCAAAGAUCAAAGUCAGUUGAAAACCAGGAAACCUUUACCUCAGAACUUGUUCAAAAUUAUUCCAAGGAAAUUUAUCUGUCAACUAACACAAAACCAGAUGAAAAUAACGUCCCAUCCCUGCUGGCAUCUUUUACCCAGGUUUCACUAUCUAAAGGUAAGGUGUGUAACCAGAGCUCGUUUUCGCCCAAAAAAAUCGUUAGAAAACCAACCGAGUAUAUCGGUCUCGGAAACGCCAGCAAUGCAAGCUCAACUCCAACUGAGCGCAAGAGGCACGUCGGCUCAAUGGAUACCACUCCCAGACACAAGGCCCGACAAAUCGCAGAAAUUCAAUCAACCUCAGAACCAACCUCCAUCUACAGGACUAGGCAAGACAUCAUGAUAAGGAGACAAAUGCCUCAACCUCAUAUGCAACACUACCAUCCAUAUUCAGUACCCAUGGUGUAUCCUAUGAACUCAGCUAACUCAAUGCAAAACAUGAACAUGAACAAUAUGGGUAAUAUGGGUAAUAUGAACAAUAUGGGUAAUAUGAAUAAUAUGAACACAAUGGGUGGAAUGAGCAUGAUGGGAGGACAUCAUAUGAAUUCUCAAAUGGAACAACCAAUGAAUAUGAACUCAAUGCCGAAUAUGAACUCUAUGACAAACAUGGGAUCGAUGGGAAAUAUGAACCCAAUGGGAAAUAUGAACCACAAAAUGUACAACUUGCAAAACACGCAAAUGCAACACUUUCAAGAAGAUAAUUAUCACUUUAGAUUUGAUCAAAGACCUAAUAGCCACCCCUAA